AUGAAUUCGUUAUGGUCAGUUUAUUCUUCCACCGCCAACGAAAAUUUGGAUGAUAUUACACUUCCAACUUCACGAUUUCUAAUGCAAUGUAAUGAUCUCGGUAUGCACCCUCAAACACUUGAUGAGAAUUACAGUCCAGAAAUUACCGGUAUUUAUGAUGGCGCUUCAGAUUUCUAUCCGAUGAUUCCACCGAAAAGUAAUGAUGAUUACGCCUAUGUCAACGCCACAACAUGCCUAAUUCCCAUGAUUCCAACGAGCUUUGUGACCCACGAAACAAGCACCAGUCCAUCAUUAUCAUGUAAGAAAAACAGUUCGAAUACGAUCCAUUCACCUACCCCAAGUUUGAUUACAGACGAUGAGCAAGAUCCACAGCAACAGAUGCAAUUUAUGUACGAUUUCCAGCUUCAGGCGAUUAACGAGUCAUUCAACAAUCCGCCAUCACCAGAUUUUCAUACAAAAGGAUCUUCACCUGUCCAAUCAAAACAAUUAUCACCGGAUCUACAUGAUAAUCAUUUAAAUAUUCCCAACCAACAGUUGCCUUCCCCUGUUUCCACCGACAGUGACGGACUCGGUAUUGAUCGUUUAACACCACCUCCAUCACACCAAACUACCCCAAAGCAAAAAAAACGUCGUGUUAGUAAAAAAUCUUCUUUAAAUAAUAUGAAUAUUAUUACCGAAAGUCAACAAACUCGACAGCAUUCAAACAUUUUCACUACCAUAAACACUCGGGACCUAUCAGACGGUACCUGUGAGUACGACGUCUGUGACGACAGCCUAAAUAAUUACGUUUUCCCUUCCUCAGCCUCAGCCUCAUCCUCAUCCUCUAGGCGAAGUUCUGUGUGUGCUGGCACCAAGAGGAAGGUGAUCGAUGAUUCGGAUGAGACUCCUGAAGAAAGACGUCGAAAGUUCUUGGAGAGAAAUCGUAUUGCAGCAUCCAAAUGUCGACAGAAGAAGAAGGCCGCCAUGCAAGAAUUAAAAGAACGAGCAGAUGCUAUAGGCACGAGGAAUGCUUCGUUGCACGGAUUCGUGAACGAUCUUCGUGAAGAACUUUUGACCCUAAAGAAUCAACUGCUCGCUCACAGGAACUGUAAUUGCAACAUCCUUCAAGAAUAUAUUAGGAAGGAUGCCCACGCCAACGCACCCGCCACAGCAACACAAAAAAACUAA